CCUUGCUCAAGAAAUGGAUCCGUGACUCGGUGUCCACACUAUACCUGCCAUGGCCCCGACAACAUUCCACCACCUCCUCUUCUUCCUCGUUGUCACCCUCGCCGCCGGCAGCAUCACCAGCGCAGCCGCCGCUGCGGGCGACGACGACGACGUGCAGCUGAGGAAGGUUGCCAUGUCGCAGGCCGUCAAGGUGCUGUCCCGCUACAGCCCGGAAACCACCGACCAGGAGACGCUGAAGCGGGCGCUUGCGGUGGUGAACCGGGAGGCGCAGCGGUACUGGAAGCCCAUCUUCAACAACGUCAACAGGGUGAUGGACAGCGGCGCCGACGGCCGCAGCAAGGAGGCGGCGUUCGCCGUGGCCAAGGAGCUGCUCAACCGCGAGCUCGGCCAAGGCCCCAACGCCGUCAAGAUCGACUUCGAAUAUGCGUGACAUGCAUGCAUGCAUGCAUCGCCAGUUCGCCACCUCUGCCUUUUUCUUAAAUUCGGCCUUAGCGUGCCCUGUCUCUGUCUGUAGUGUUGUUCGUCCUGGUGCCCUGCGGCCUGUCGUAGUCGUCUGAGCCUUCCACCUCCUUGUCGACGCCUGUUGUGAUUGUGCUUGCCCGUAACACAUGUGUUUUCUUA